AUGGCUGCUUCGGCGGCAACGGCGAGUUCUUCCCCCGGUUUGUGUCCAAAUUACGCCGUGAUUUGCUCCUUCCUGGAGCGGUACGGAGCGUUGCUGGACUUGCCGGAGCUCACCUUUCCACAGCUGGAGAGAUACCUGCGGGACACAUCCUCAGUUCCUAAGCUGCUGGCUGAGCUUCACGUCAAGUUGCUGAGGAAGAUUGGCAAGUCGGUGUCAGCGGACCGAUGGGAGAAAUAUCUGAUAAAGAUAUGCCAGGAGUUCAACUCAACCUGGGCAUGGGAACUCGAACAAAAAGGAUACAAAGACAUGACGGAGGAGUGCAAGACGGGAAUACUUAAAUAUUUGUGCGAGUGUCAGUUCGAUGACAACGUGAAAUUCAAAACCGCCAUCAAUGAGGAGGACCCGGACAAGAUGCGCCUGCAGCCGAUCGGCCGGGACAAAGACGGUCAGAUGUAUUGGUAUCAGCUCGACCAAGACGACAACGUGCGAGUUUACGUGGAGGAACAGGACGACUUGGACGGGUCGUCGUGGAAGUGCAUCGUCAGAGAUAGAAACGACCUGGCGGAGGUUCUGGCUCUCCUGAAGACACAAAUCGACCCCGAGCUCCUCAAGAGAGACCUGGAGAACAAACCUGAAGGUGAAGGUGAAGUUAAAAAGAACGAGGACACGUCAGACGAAGACAACAAAGACUCCAAAGAGGCCGUCUGUCCAAAGACGGAGAAUAACGAGAAAGACGAUUUGAAGCCGGAAGCGUCCGAGGCGAUAUCCUCUCUGAACGGCGUCAUCGAAGGCAAACCUGAAGCAGAACUUCACUCAGAAAAGCCCUCUGCGGAUCACAGCGUCAGUACAAAAGCCCAGAACAUCAAAGAAGAGCCGAUGGAGGUGGAAACUAAAACACAAAGCAUAGCGACGAGUGAACAAACGUCUGAGGCGCCGGGUUUGACGGUAAAGCCGGAGAAGGCAGAGGAGGCCAAGAAGAGCAGCGCGGAGGAGAUCCAACAGGCUCUGAAGAACGACCAGCAGGCCAAAAUCCCUCUGAAGAAAAGAGGGAUGAAGUUUACUGAGGACUUUGAUAAAAAUAGUGGCAUCAAAGUGCAAAAUCCUCCCGUAACGCCCGUCAAGGAAGCUCUGAAAGCCGACUCGACUCCUGAGCAGACAAAGAAAGCUCAGAGUGUCAACGAUCAUGUUAACGGCGAGGUUCAGCCCACGCAAGAGAAGGAGCUCAAGAGUAAUUCCUGCGAGUUGCUAAACGAAGCGGCCGUUGACAAAGAGGAAGCAGCUGCAGGUAAAACUGUAGAAGCCAGAGAAAAAAAAGACUCGGACAAGGACGAUGUGAAAGAUAAAAAGGAGGAAGCCAGCAGUGCAGAAAAGGUCGAAGAGAAAGCUGCAGCUCUCACAGAAGACGUAGACAAGAAAAGUCAAGAUGUGAACGUCACAAAUGAAAGCUCUGCAUCAAAAGAAAAGAAGGAAGAAGCACAGGAGUCUCCCCCGACGCCGACAGAGCCGCCGGCUUCACAAAAAGACGAGAAUAACGCGCUCAAGAAGUCGUCUAAUCAUGAAGAAGUAAAAGAAUCCCGACCAGCGGAUAAGAAAGAGUCUUGUACGGGAGAUGGGACGACAUUAAAGGAAGCGGAUAAAUCAUUAACGACGGAGGAGUCAAAGGAAGUUAAAUCAAAGGAUUCUGAGGAGAAACCAUCGUGUGAAGACAUGGACACAUCAGAGACGAGUCAGGCUGAAGACACCAAGACUUCAGAGACAGAAACAGCCGAGAAGCAAACAGAAACAAACGGUGCUAAAGAAACGACGAGGUCUGAGACUGACGCAGAGAAAACGGACACAGUGAUCAAAACGUCAGAGACGCAGAGUACAGAAAAAGAUCCCGCAAAGACAUCUGUCGAGUCUGAGAAAGCAGAAUCACCGCCGCCUGUCGUCGAAAAGACAGAGAAGCUAAAAGACGACUCUAAUCAAGAGACACGAGAGGUCACAGCGAGUUCUGCAGACAAAGCAAUAAUCAGCGAGAAAGCAGAAGAGAGUGUGAAGUCUUCUGUUGUUCAAGAGAAGGACCAAUCAGAAUCAUGUAAACCUGUCGAGGAGAAAGAGAACAUCAAAGACGCAGAGACGACUCCAGAAAAAGACGACGCGACCUCUGACACCAAGACGGAAAAGCCAGAGGAGAAGGAAAAGGCCGAAGAUGUAAAGAAAUCUGUCAACUGCGAUGACCGCACGAUGCACGACGCCGGCGAGAUGAGAGACUCCACGCCUGUAGAAGAAGAGGCAACGGCCGGUAAACCCGAUGUGACAGAGACACAAGAGGGUGAAAAAACUGAGAUGAACUCAGUUGCACAGAAGGCAACAGAGGAAGCAUCUGAAGGGAGAGAAGAUAAGCCGUCAAAGCGUGCUGAGAAGUCGAAGGCGGCAGAAGUGGAUGAUGGCAAAUCUGACAGGCCAGACUCAGAGCGGGAGAAAGUGUCAGAGGAGCAGCCCAAAGAAGUCGAUCCAUCGUCAGAAAUCAAAAGGGAUGCAGAGAAGGGAAAAGAAAAGGGCACCAAAAAGGAGAAAGUUAACAGUGAUAUCGAAAAACCUCCAUGUGAAGACAAAGAAAGCAAAGAGGAUUCUACAACAGAGAAAAUGUCCAAAAACGACGAGUCAAAGGAGGAGAAAACCGCUCAAAAGGAAAGGGAAAGCUCGCCCAGGAGAGAUGACUCCGAGCGCCAGAACGGAAGCAAAGAAUCAGAAGAGAAAUCCUCGGCUGAAACGGGGAAAGAGAGCAAAGAAGCGGACUCUGAAAAGCCCACAGACGAGGAGAGUAAAAGUAAAAGUGAAGAAGAGGAGUCCGCGACAAAGAAGGAGGUAGCAAACGGCGAGGAAGCUGCCGCAGAAGUUCAGGUGAAGACUCCCCACAGAAGGAGGAGAAGGGGGCCCACCCAUCGCAGGAAAGCCGAGCUCCAGAGAGAGGAGAGGGAGAGGCAGGGCGACUCCGAGUCCGAUACAAACACGGGGAUGUCUCUCCGGAGAUCGCCGAGGAUCUCCAGGCCGACUCCGAAAGCUGUGGAGAUCAACGACAGGAAGCUGGAGAAGUCCCAGGUCGAUGACAAAGAUGAAAAGAAAGAUAAAGCAGAAGGGGAGGUGGAGGAGGAGGAGGAGGAGGAAGAGGAGGAGGUGAAAACUGUUCAGAAGAAACCAAGGGAGAAAAAGACGGAUCAGGAGGGUCAGCCCAAACCGAAGGGGAGAAAGAGACGGAGGGUCCGGUGGUCAAACACACGAGCGCGUCGUAAAAAGAAAGGCUCGGAGGACGAGGAGAACGCCAGCGAGGGCUCGUCCAGCGAAGAGGAGGACAGCGAGGACUUGGACGACAGCGACGAGGACUACAAGGUGGAGAGAGGCAGGAAGAGGCGGAACCGCAACCGAGAGAGACGAAGCUCCGACUCGUCGACAUCCUCAGACGACGACCUACCUCCGAACGACGACCCCUGCAAACAUUGUGGUCUUCCAAAUCACCCGGAGCUGAUCUUACUGUGUGAUUCCUGUGAUAACGGCUACCACACGGCCUGUCUGAGACCUCCGCUCAUGAUCAUCCCAGACGGAGAGUGGUUCUGUCCCCCCUGCCAGCAUAAGCUGCUCUGUGACAAAUUAGAAGAGCAGCUCACGAACCUCGACGCGUCCUUGAAAAAGAAGGAACGGGCGGAGAGGAGGAAAGAGCGGCUCAUUUACGUCGGAAUCAGUCUUGAAAACAUCAUCACGCCCUCGACGGAGGUCGAGGAGGAAAAGCCGGAGAUCAUAAUAAAAGAAAAGAAAGAGUCGAAGAAAAGUAAGAGCUGGGGUCGACGGUCAACGAGGGCGAAGAAAUCCAUCAGCUACAGAUUCGAUGAAUUUGAUGAGGCGAUCGAGGAGGCGAUUGAGGAAGACAUCAAAGAAGCAGAGGGCGGAGGAGCUGGUCGGGGUAAAGACAUGGCCAACAUCACAGGACACAGAGGGAAAGACAUAUCCACCAUCCUCCAAGCCGAGGAGGGCAAAGAGAAUGGCCGUCCGCCCCGAAGCAACGCCGGCCAGCGCAGGAAAAAACGCAGACGACUCAACGACCUGGACAGCGACAGCACCGUGGACGAGGAGGAGAGCGAGGAGGAGUUUUGCCUCAGUGAGAGCUCGGAAGAAGAGUUUGUGGUGUCUGAAAACGACUCGGAGGCGGAGUCAGAGGCGGAGUCUAACAACAGCGAGGUCGGCGGCGGUAAGCGUCGCUCUUCUUCUUCGCGGAGGAGGAAGGUGCCUAAACGACGACGGAGCUCGAGAAAGAGGCGGAGACCCAGAGGGUACUCGGACGAUGAAGAAGAGGAGACUGAUGAAGAAGAUGAAGAUGAAAUAGUGACCGAGGGCUCGAGUGAGUUCAGCGACAGCGACCUGGACAUGAGUCGACGGCGGUCUCGGCGGAGUCACAAGAAGCAGGUGAACUACCACGAGACGUCCGAAUCCGACGGCUCUCAGGCGGAAACCAACAAAGCCAAAGUGAAACUCAGACGUCCGCAUGACAGCUCCGAGAGCGAAGCGAGUUUCUCCAGAGACUCGGAGGAGGAGUCCAAGGAGCGGAGGGUGAAGAGGAGAGCCGACUCAUCAGAGGAAGAUUCCCGGCAGCGACACCGGCGUCUGGCACUGAAACGCAGGAGAGCCUCUGAAGACGACGACUCAGACGACGACUCUGAUGAGUCAUCGGAGGAGGACCGUCCUGUCCGUAAACGGGUGAACCGCAUCGACUCGGACGAUGACGAGGAGGAGGAAGAGAAGGAGAAAGAGGAGAAGGAGGGCAAGGAGGAGGAGGAGAAACCUAAGGAGAAGAAGGCAGCUGAACAAACAGACGAGGAGUCAAAGGGAACGAACCCAGCGGACUGCAAUCCCACUAACGGACAGAACCCCAUCAAGCCUGCUGCUGCCGCCGCCGCCACUCCAGGCCUCGUUCCCAAUGUGGAAACACCCAAAAACACGAGUGCCACACCAGCUGCUGCUGCUGCUGCCGCCGCACCCAACGGUCUGGUCGGCCAGGAGUCGGGGGCGGCGGCGCAGGAGGAGGACGAAGACGACCUGUUAGGAGUCACAGACCUAGUGGACUACGUCUGCAAUAACGAAGAUAUGUAGAAACAAAAAACGUUGAACUCUUUCAUUUUUUUGUGGUAUUGUAUUUUUAUAUUGCUUAACUUUAUUAUUCCCUCCCCCCACACACCAACACUUCCUGGUCGACCUCUGACCCGGAUGCUUCUGUCACCUGUCCAAAGCUGUCCCUGUGGGAUUGUUCUGUGAAUAGGGGGUUCUGUAACAAUACCUUUACCUGCAAAGCAACCACAGCAUCCAGCUCCACUGCCAAACCUCUGAAAAUGUGUCAUUCAUGUCUUAUCUCAUAUCAUCCUUUCUUUUUUUUUUAUAUACAUCUGAGAGAUUUUACAGAUUUCCGCUCCGGGACUCGUCUUUGUGGAUGUGUGAUUGGCACUGAAAUGGUUCAUUGUGUGGGAAGACGUUUAAGGAUACAAGACUUCUACCGUUUUAGGAGCAAAAAAUAAGUCAUUCCAUACUUAAUUUGACGUUCUUGACUUGUGUUCAAAUGGAUUCCGGUUUUACAUUUUAGACCGUCAAGCAAUAAUUUGACAUUUUGGGAAAAGAGUCAUUGAAAAGCUUUCAAGCGGAGAGUUCUGAUGAGGAGACUGAUACUACUCUCUAAUGCUCACAGUGAAUGAAAUUACAGCCAGUUAGCUUAGCUUAGCUUAUAUAAUCAGCUACUCGGAGUGGAGCCUCUUGUACGAGCAGCAGAACCCGACUGCUUGUUGUGAAUCUUCCUCUAACUCUUACUGAUAUUACUUUUUGUGCUAACAGCAGCUUAUGAUCAUACUGAAGCACAGUGUGCCCCAUGGCAAUCAAUCGUGUUGUUUUCUCUUUGAAAAAUGUUUUUAAAACAGUUUAGCACAUGCUAAACUGUUUGACAAACUACAAGUUAAGGUUGUCAAAAUUGUAUCUUUUAAUGCCGCUUGUUUUUAAAAUGAUGCAAUCCCUGUUAUUUUCAUGACCUCAAGAGGUCAGAUCUUCAGUCGUAAUUUUAGCCCAAAAUUGCAGCGAGAGAAAAAGUCAGCACUGUCUAGUGUUGGGGUGCUCAAAGACCCGUCUCAAGACCAUUUUUUUAAAAGUCUCAGUCUUGUCUCGGACUGGGUGGACUCCAGAUUUUAAAUCAAGACCACCACUGACAGGCUAUUUUUCCACGUCAUCAAUGUGAAUAGAAGGAAACACCUCUUUCUAUAAGAACGAAUAACUUCAAUUCAUUUGAAGUUUGAUUUUUAUCCCCCGGUUACGGCCACAACCUUCUCUGUGUUACGGUCUAAGUG